GUUGCCUUCUACCAAGCCCGAGCUGGGUGCCUCUGCUUUGGGCUAGCAGUUGGUCUAGAUUCCGGGAACCGAAAGGAACCGGCUUAACGGGAAGUUAAAAAAAAUAUAUAUAAAGAAAACCCCCCCAAAAUAAACCAAAAUGCCCCCGAAGACCGACGAUGGCGGAUGGAAGAAGUUUCUGUGGAAUUCGGAGAAAGGAGAGCUCCUCGGUCGCACAGGAGGCAGUUGGUUCAAAAUCAUCGUCUUCUACGUCAUCUUCUACGGCUGCUUGGCCGGAAUCUUCAUCGGCACCAUCCAGGCCAUGCUGCUCACCCUGAGCAACUACAAGCCCACAUGGCAGGAUCGAGUUGCACCUCCCGGCCUCACGCACACCCCGCGAUCUGACAAAUCCGAAAUGUCCUUUAACCCAAGAGACGUGGAAACCUAUUUGCCUUACACCAAGGCCUUGAGGGACUUCCUGGCCAAGUAUGACGACGACAAGCAACUCGACCAGAUGAAAUUUGAGGACUGUGGAGAUGAGCCGAUGGGCUACAAGAACCGUGGCGACUUGGAGAGCGAUACGGGCGUCAGGAGGGCAUGCCGCUUCUCCAGGAGCCUGCUGGGCCCCUGCUCCGGCCUGGAUGAGAAAGACAAAGAAUUCGGCUUUGACAAAGGCCAACCUUGCAUCGUCGUCAAGCUCAAUCGGAUUGUGAACUUCCGUCCCCGGACUCCCAUCUCAAAUGAAACCAUUCCUGAAGAAGCUCAACCCAAGGUGCAGCCCAAUUUGAUCCCCAUCUACUGCACCAAUAAGCGAGAGGAAGACGCCGGCAAAAUCGGCGAGAUCAAAUACUAUGGCAUCGGCGGCGGCUUCCCGCUGCAGUACUACCCGUACUACGGCAAGCUGCUUCACCCGCACUACCUGCAGCCGCUGGUGGCGCUGCACUUCACCAACCUGACCAGGAACGAAGAGCUGCGCAUCGAGUGCAAAGUUUACGGCGACAACAUAUCCUACAGUGACAAGGACCGCUACCAGGGACGCUUUGAUAUCAAGAUCUCGGUCAACGGUUUAUGACCGCCACCGGAACAGUAGAGCACUUUCCCGUUGCCGCCCCCCCUCCCCUACUCCCUUCCCCAUUUCAACCCCCUGACAUGAAGUAGACAAAUAGUCGGGGUUUGGGGGGCGGGGGGUAAGUCGAUCACACUUGCUUCCGGUUAGCAUUGGCGCACAAUUUUAGUGGGGUGGAAAAAAAAAGUAGCUGUUAGGCCACGCGAGCAUAUUUAUUCUGCUGUAAGUGACAUUUUCCCCACAAGCAAUUUGGGGCCAUUGUUCAUUCACAGGUGUACCAGUGGACCACCAUCUGUUCCAUCCCCCCUUCCCACCUUGACCAUUACCUCCUCCUCCUCCUUGUCAUAUCACUGCCUCGGUACCUCGCUUUUCCUUCAUUUUUCCAGCGUGAUGUCCCACGGCCCAUAGUGAUUGAUUGGCUCGGACCACUCUUCUGAUCUUAAAUGAAAAAGGCUGCACUCCAGGAACUUCUUUCCUCCUCCUUCUUCUUCUUCUUCUUCUUCUUCUUUUUUUAAAAUCUUUAAUCAUGGGGGCCUUGUUUUACUUUGCCUUCGUUUUGUGCUUAAAUCACUUAAAGUGUGAAGAGAUUUUAUUCAAUGCCUUUUUAAUUGAUCUUUUUUUUUGUGUGUGUUUUCCAGCUCGUGGGUAAGACACGACGCUGACUAGGCUUUAUCUUCUCCUUUGGACUCUGUCGCAAUAUCGCGAUGCAUGUCCUCUGAAUGUUUUUAGCCAUCAAACAUGGUGGAUGAAUUGUAUAUUUAUACAGUUGUACAUUUUGUUUCUGUGCAAAAAUAUUGUUAAUGUAUACAUGCAAUACCAAAGUGAUGAUCUGUGAAAGGGUCAACAUUUGUUUGCCUUGCAACCUUUUCGUGGCUCACUCUAGAAAGGUGAGGGGCGUCUUGGGCGAUGAAUGUCUGCGGAACCAGGGCGCUUGACUACUGCGAUGGUCACAACGUUCAUCCAUUUCAAAUUAAAAGUAAAGAAAAGAGGGAAAAUGAACCUCAAUGAGCUCUUGCGGCUUUUAGGUGACGAACCAUUUUGGCAAUUUAGUGUGUAGGAUCAUAUCUGAAACACUUGAACUUGUACAACCUACCGUCAUUUCAUGCACCCUUUGCCAUUUAAUCUAAGAUAGAAACGAAUAAAAUCCUAAUACUCCUC